AUGCACACAAUAUUACCCCGCUCCCAGACGCAAAAGGACGCAUCACAAACCAGCUCUCCUGGAAUGAUGGCUUCAGCCCCAUUGAUGCCUCCGCCUAUGAUAGGUGGCAUACCACCACCUAUGCCGCCAACCGUAGCCAUGCCACCUGUUCCAGGAAUGGCACCAAAUAUGGGUGCUAUUCCACCACCAAUGGCCUAUCCUCCAAUGAUGGCUUCAUUUACUAUGCCCCCGCCUGGAUUUCCACCAUUUAAACCUGACUUGAAUGCACCAGCACCUGAAAUAUCACCAAUGGCCAACCAGACUAGUCCAUGGUCAGAGCACAAAGCUCCCGAUGGACGCACAUAUUAUUAUAAUUCAAUUACUAAACAGAGCCUCUGGGAAAAGCCAGAUGAUUUGAAAACUCCUGCAGAGAAAUUAUUGUCAUCUUGUGUUUGGAAGGAAUAUACUACAGAUGCUGGUCGUGUUUAUUAUCACAAUAUAGAGACAAAAGAGUCAAGUUGGGUAAUUCCAAAAGAAUUGCAAGAAAUUAAAGAAAAAAUUGAGGCAGAGGAAGCUGCACAGGCAGGACUACAUGCUGAUAUGACAGCUGGAGAAGUGCCUCUGCCAUCUUCUCCUGCACUAGUCGCUCAAACAGGAAGUUCAGCUUUGGAUGAAGCCAUGGCCAAAACUCUGGCCUCCAUUGACCCCUCAUUGACAAAUGCCAUCCCAAUACCAGAUGAAAUAUACUACACAGUCAAACCAGAAGAAAUAGCAGCUCCCCCUGCUCAGGUUAAUGGAGAACCAACAGAGCAACCGCUCGAGUUACAGUACAAGGAUAAGAAAGAGGCCAUUGAGGCUUUCAAGGAAUUAUUACGGGAGAGGAAUGUGGCAUCAAAUGCUACUUGGGAGCAAUGUGUGAAGAUAAUCUCUAAGGACCCGCGCUACCAGUCAUUUAAGAAAUUAAACGAAAAGAAACAGGCAUUUAAUGCUUAUAAAACCCAAAAACUAAAAGAUGAAAGAGAGGAACAGAGAUUGAAAACAAAGAAGAACAGAGAAAAUUUAGAAGAGUUCUUAUUAACCUGUGAUCGUGUUACUUCCCUCACCAAGUAUUACAAGUGUGAAGAUAUGUUUGGUAAUCUCGAGAUUUGGCGCUGUGUCCCCGAAUCGGACCGUCGUGAUAUCUACGAAGAUUGUAUUUUCACAAUUACCAAACGUGAAAAGGAAGAAGCUAAAGCUCUUAAAAAACGGAAUAUGAAAAUGUUAGCACAGGUACUAGAAAAUAUGAAUGAAAUAACAUACAGUAGUACGUGGAGCGAAGCACAAGUGUUGCUUCUAGAAAAUUCUGCCUUUAAGAACGACGUGAGCUUACUUGGAAUGGAUAAAGAAGAUGCUCUUAUAGUUUUUGAACAACAUAUACGAAAUCUGGAAGCAGAGUUUGUGCAAGAAAAGGAGCAGAUCAAGAAGAGAAAUAAACGCCAGCAGAGAAAGAACAGAGACAAUUUUUUGGCACUUCUCGAUGGUCUCCACGAAGAGGGAAAGUUGACGUCGAUGUCUCUGUGGGUGGAAUUGUAUCCAGUUAUUUCUGCUGAUAUGAGAUUUUCGGCCAUGCUUGGUCAAAGCGGUUCAACACCAUUAGACUUAUUCAAAUUUUACGUAGAGAAUCUAAAAGCGCGAUUCCACGACGAGAAGAAGGUUAUCAAGGAGAUUCUUAAAGAAAAGCAGUUCGAUGUUAAGGCUGAUACCACAUUUGAGGAAUUCGCGACUAUUGUCUGUGAAGAUAGUAAGUCGGCGUCGUUGGAUGCUGGAAAUGUUAAACUAACUUAUAACUCAUUGUUGGAAAAGGCGGAAACAAAGAACAAAGAAAAGAUAAAAGAAGAGUCAAAAGCACAGAAGAAGAUAGAGAGUUCGUUUAAAUGGGCGUUAAGUGAAGCCGAAGUUGAUCACACACAGUCGUGGAGUGAAGUUCGUGAGAAGCUCGAUUUGAACGCAGCUGAGUUUACGGCAGUGCCAGACGAAGAAGACCGCCAACGAAUAUAUAAGGAUUACCAACAUGAACAAGAAGACAGCUGUAUGCACUAUCAUCAUCCCAAACCCAAGAAAGCGAAGAGGUCAAAGAAAAAGAAACGUUCGCGUUCUCAUUCCUUGUCGGGAUCACGAUCGGUGUCCCCCGUGGAGUCCCGAGAGCGGGAGCGCGAGAGUUCGCUAGAGAAGGGCGAAGUUGCCCGCUCCCCCUCCCCGCCCCCCUCACCGCCAGACGACGAAGACAAGAAGCACAAGAAGUCCAAAAAGAAACAUAAGAAACAUUCGCCACCACCGAAGUCCCCGACACCGGAAGAAGGCGGCAUUUCAGAGGAAGAGGUCCGUCCCAAGAAAAAAAGUAAGCGCUCAGCACCCUCCAGUCCCGAAGAGGACGUCUCGCAUAAACCAAAAAAGAAGAAAGAUAAAAAAGACAAAAAAGAAAGGUCGGGCGGCGCGGUGUGGAGCGACGCGGAGUUAGAGACGCGGCGCGCGGCGCUGCUCGCCCAGCUCCACGAGCAGGAGGCUGACUGA